GCCUCCUCCCCCACACGCUGAAUCACACAGGGACAGCAGCGCUUCAGUCUGUGGAUCGCCGCGGAUACUCGGAACCAAAGCGGGCUGACUGCCUAGUACUUACCCAAACUGCGGCUCCAACCGGAGACUUUGCCCUUAUUUCCAACAGCUCCGCCGCUGCAGCCUUGCGGGUCUUAUCAUGUCGGUUGUCGGGUUCGACCUCGGUUAUCAGAACUGUCACGUCGCUAUAGCCCGGUCCGGCGGUAUCGAGACAGUAGCCAAUGAAUUCAGCGACCGAUGCACCCCUGCUGUGGUAUCAUUUGGAUUGAAAAACAGGACAAUUGGCAUUGCUGCCAAAAAUCAGCUGAUCACAAAUGCCAACAACACUGUAUCCAGCUUUAAGAAAUUCCAUGGCCGUGCAUUCAGUGAUGCAUUUGUACAGAAAGAGAAAAAUAAUAUGCCCUACAAGCUGGUACAAAUGAAUAACGGUGGCGUUGGUGUUAAGGUUAAUUAUCUGGAAGAAGAAAACGUAUUUAGCAUUGCACAGAUAACCGCCAUGCUGCUAACUAAGUUAAAGGAGACUGCAGAGUACAACCUCAAGAAACCAGUGACUGACUGUGUCCUAUCUGUACCAUCCUUCUUCACGGAUGCAGAGAGGAGAUCUGUUUUGGAUGCUGCCCAGAUUGUUGGCCUUAACUGCCUGAAGUUAAUGAACGACAUGACAGCAGUUGCUUUAAACUAUGGAAUAUAUAAGCAGGACCUUCCAGCUCCAGAGGAGAAACCUAAAAUUGUGGUUUUUGCUGACAUGGGACACUCCUCUUUCCAGUUAUCUGCCUGUGCCUUCAACAAAGGCAAGCUAAAGGUUCUCGGCACAGCCUUCGACCCUUACUUGGGAGGAAAAAGUUUUGAUGAAAAGCUUGUUGAACACUUUUGCACAGAAUUUAAAACAAAAUACAAGCUGGAUGUGAAAUCCAAAAUCCGAGCCCUCCUGCGUCUCUAUCAAGAAUGUGAAAAGCUGAAGAAACUAAUGAGCAGCAACAGCACAGAUCUGCCACUAAAUAUUGAAUGCUUUAUGAAUGACCUGGAUGUUUCAGGGCGUAUGAACAGGGCUGAAUUUGAAGCUUUGUGUUCUGACCUCCUGCAAAGAAUAGAAGCUCCUCUUCGCUCAUUAAUGGAGCAGACACAGUUACGUGCUGAAGAUGUCUCUGCAGUGGAGGUCAUUGGGGGCGCUACGCGAAUUCCAGCUGUGAAGGAGAGGAUUGCUAAGUUCUUCGGGAAGGAUGUCAGCACAACGUUAAACGCAGAUGAAGCCGUUGCACGAGGCUGUGCUCUGCAGUGUGCGAUUCUGUCACCAGCAUUCAAAGUGAGAGAGUUCUCCGUCACAGAUGUUGUUCCUUUCCCCAUCUCUCUCAAAUGGAGCACUGAAGCAGAUGAGGCUGAGGGAGUCCAUGAAGUUUUCAGCAAAAAUCACGCUGCUCCGUUUUCUAAAGUUCUCACCUUCUACCGGAAGAAUGCUUUCCAGAUUGAAGCUUUUUACUCUGAUCCUUCAGUUGUCCCUUAUCCAGAAUCUAAAAUAGGUCAUUUUGUUGUGCAAAAUAUUUGUGCCGCUAAAGACGGUGAGAAGUCAAAGGUGAAAGUGAAGGUGCGCGUAAAUACGCAUGGCAUUUUCAGCGUCUCCACUGCCUCCAUGGUCGAGAGAAUGGAAGUGGAUGAGUCUGAGGACCAGACUGGAGAAACGGAAGUGGAUAAGAACCAGAGCACUACUGAGACCCUGGAAACUGAUCAAAGUAUCCAGCAAGAGAGCAGUGAGGCUGGAUCUCAGCCCCAGGUACAAACUGAUGGGCAGUCCUGUCCCCCUUCACCCGAGACAUCCAGUGGGGAUAAUAAAAUGACUGAAUCUGACAAAGGUAAUGAAAAGAAAAUUGAUCAGCCUCCAGAAGCGAAGAAGCCGAAGAUGAAGGUGAAGAACAUAGACCUGCCCAUUGAAGCAAAUCUUGUAUGGCAGCUGGGCAAGGACCUUCUCAAUAUGUACAUUGAAAAUGAGGGCAAAAUGAUCCUUCAAGAUAAACUGGAAAAAGAGCGCAAUGAUGCCAAGAAUGCGGUGGAGGAGUAUGUGUACGAGUUCAGAGACAAACUCUGCGGGCCUUAUGAAAAAUUUGUCAGUGACAAGGAUCAAAGCAGAUUUCUAGAUCUUCUAACACAAACUGAGAACUGGCUGUAUGAGGAUGGUGAAGACCAGCCCAAGCAGGUGUAUAUUGAGAAGCUGGAAGAGCUGAAGAAACUGGGCACUCCAAUCCAAAACCGGGCGAGAGAGGCAGAAGAACGCCCAAGAAGUUUUGAAGAGCUAGGACAGAGGCUUCAACACUAUGCCAAAAUUAUUGAAGAAUACAGGAAAAAGAGUGAAGCCUAUGAACACAUCAGCAGCACUGACAUGGAAAAGGUGGAAAAAUGUGUCCGAGAGACCAUGGAAUGGAUGAAUAAUAUGAUGAAUGCACAAGCAAAACAGAGACUUAAUCAGGACCCGGUCGUGCAAGUGCAUGAUAUCAAAGCAAAGCGCACAUCUUUGGACAGCAGCUGCCAUGGAAUAGUAUCUCAGCCAAAGCCCAAGGUUGAACCUCCAAAAGAAGAGAAACCUCUGAAUGGCGUGAAUGAAAACCAUGAAGACGGCACCAACAGUGAAAAGACCAAGAAUAACCCAACCCAAGCGCAGCAGAACGGAGAAUGCCAUCCCAAUGAAAAGAGAACCAUUGACAUGGACUUGGAUUAAUGGGUGGGAUUUAACCUUUUGCAGCAAGAGUAGCCUGAGGGGGUUAACUGGUUGUAAAUUGAGAUUUAUGAGAUUUUUUUUUUUGGUUCUAAUAUUUCAGUAAGAGGCGACCAAACACUGUUUAAGGGACUAUUUAUUAUGACAUGUUUUAAAGAAAAAAAAAAAUAACUUUUUUAUGUGUUAUGUAUUUUCCUUUACUGUAUGAUAUUUGGAACGUGUAUUGACUCAGAUAUUGCCUUGGUUACUUGAAAAACAAAUUCCUGUGGAAUUGUGAACUUCGUAUUGAGGCUUCUUUGUAGAUGAAAUCUUUCAGAACACGGCAGGCAUCUAGAAUUCUGGCUGAUAUUUAAUAAAGCACCGGAAGAACAGCAUUUCCAUUCAUUUCCUUUAAGGUACUUGCAUGCCGCCACCAACCAGAAGGGUUUUAAGCAACUGCUCUUCCAAUCUUUAUUCUUGACUGUAUUCCUUCAUACAGAUAUUUGUCUCUCUCUCUGCCCAGCUUUUAUAUUACUGGAGUGUAAGUGGGGCGGGGAGGGGGGAAAGGACUUUGGUUUUGAGACAAGAUAGGAACAGAUAUUACAUAUAUUUCCCCUAGAAUUUGUUUUGAGAAAGCCACGGUGAAAGAUGUGCUGAUAGUGUUGUGACUGUCAUGGAGCCUUUGCUGAACUUUAAUAAAUAAAGUUCCUGACUCA